UCAUCGCUAGCAGGAACUGGUGGAUCUCGUGCGCGCCGAGUACUACAAGCCGGCUAGCAUGCCGCUCAGAGCCGGACCCGAUUUCCAAUAAUUCCCCGCAGAAAGCCGCGGUGUGUGCAGGAGCAGGGCCCAGCUGCAGAGAGGAAGACGCCGAAGCGAGCAGGGGAGUGCGCGAGCCGGAGCGGAGCGUGUGGCCGCGGGAGAGCCUUCCUGAGCGACCGACUCCAGAACAUGGCGGAGCAGCACGCCACCUCCGAGUGCAGGCACAAAGCGAGCCCGGGCGCUGGGGGCUCCGUCUCGGGCAACGGGCGACCCAACACCGCGGCUGCGUGUGGCGGCGGGGGCGGAGGCCUGUCCGGCGGGUUGACGCAGCCGGCGGGCUGGCAGUCUCUCCUGUCCUUCACCAUCCUGUUUCUGGCCUGGCUGGCGGGCUUCAGCUCCAGGCUCUUCGCUGUGAUCCGAUUCGAGAGCAUCAUCCACGAGUUUGACCCCUGGUUCAACUACAGAUCAACUCACCACCUCAGUACUAAUGGAUUUUAUGAAUUCCUCAACUGGUUUGAUGAGAGGGCAUGGUACCCACUUGGCAGGAUUGUGGGUGGCACGGUGUAUCCUGGACUGAUGGUGACAGCAGGUUUAAUCCACUACCUGUUGAACCUGCUCCAUGUGACCGUGCACAUCCGCGAUGUGUGUGUGUUCCUGGCUCCCAUCUUCAGUGGCCUCACUGCCAUCUCUACAUUCCUGCUGACGCGGGAGUUGUGGAAUCAGGGGGCUGGACUGCUUGCAGCGUGCUUCAUCGCUAUAGUGCCCGGUUACAUCUCUCGCUCUGUCGCCGGCUCCUUUGACAAUGAGGGCAUCGCUAUCUUUGCCCUGCAGUUCACCUACUACCUCUGGGUGAAGUCUGUUAAGACUGGCUCAGUCUUCUGGACCAUUGGCUGCUGCCUGUCCUACUUCUAUAUGGUGUCUGCAUGGGGAGGCUAUGUCUUCAUCAUCAACCUGAUCCCCCUACAUGUGUUUGCGCUGCUCCUCAUGCAGCGCUACAGCAGAAGGCUUUAUAUUGCGUACAGCACCUUUUAUAUAGUGGGCUUGGUGUUGUCCAUGCAGAUCCCAUUUGUGGGCUUCCAGCCUAUAAGGACAAGUGAACACAUGGCUGCAGCAGGUGUGUUUGCGCUGCUGCAGGCCUAUGCCUUCCUGCAGUACCUCAAGGACCGGCUGACCAAGCAGGAGUUUCAGACCCUCUUCUUCCUCGGAGUGUCUCUGGCUGCUGGGGUGGUUUUCCUCACGGUUAUUUAUCUGACCUACACAGGCUACAUUGCGCCUUGGAGUGGCCGGUUUUACUCGCUGUGGGACACAGGGUACGCCAAGAUCCACAUUCCCAUCAUUGCCUCGGUUUCGGAACACCAGCCCACGACCUGGGUCUCUUUCUUCUUUGACCUGCACAUCUUGGUGUGCACCUUUCCUGCAGGACUCUGGUUCUGCAUCAAGAACAUCAAUGAUGAACGGGUCUUUGUGGCCCUCUACGCUAUCAGUGCGGUGUACUUUGCUGGAGUGAUGGUGCGUCUCAUGCUGACCUUGACCCCCGUGGUGUGCAUGCUGUCUGCCAUCGCUUUCUCCAGCGUUUUUGAGCACUAUCUGGGCGAUGACAUGAAGCGGGAGAACCCGCCUGCUGAGGACAGCAGUGAUGAGGAUGACAAGAGAAACUCAGGAAAUCUCUACGACAAGGCAGGGAAAGUGCGUAAGCAUGUAUCUGAGCAGGACAGACCAGAGGAAGGUCUUGGGCCCAACAUUAAGAGUAUAGUGACCAUGUUGAUGCUGAUGUUACUGAUGAUGUUCGCUGUGCACUGCACCUGGGUCACCAGCAACGCUUACUCCAGCCCCAGCGUAGUGCUGGCAUCGUAUAACCAUGACGGGUCGAGGAACAUUCUGGAUGAUUUCCGGGAGGCGUAUUACUGGCUGAGGCAGAACACUGACGAGCACGCACGGGUCAUGUCUUGGUGGGAUUAUGGAUAUCAGAUAGCAGGCAUGGCUAACAGAACUACGCUAGUGGACAACAACACCUGGAACAACAGUCACAUAGCGCUGGUGGGCAAGGCCAUGUCCUCCAAUGAGAGUGCAGCGUAUGAGAUUAUGAAAUCCCUGGAUGUGGAUUAUGUUCUCAUCAUUUUUGGUGGAGUGAUUGGGUACUCAGGAGACGACAUUAACAAGUUUCUGUGGAUGGUGCGCAUUGCAGAGGGGGAGCAUCCUAAGGACAUCCGGGAGAGUGACUACUUUACCCCUCAGGGAGAGUUUAGAGUAGACAAGGCCGGAUCUCCAACUCUACUCAACUGUCUCAUGUACAAGAUGUCUUAUUACCGCUUUGGGGAGAUGCAGCUGGAUUUCCGCACUCCACCCGGGUUUGACCGGACGCGGAAUGCAGAAAUUGGCAACAAGGACAUUCGUUUGAAGCACCUGGAGGAGGCAUUCACCUCUGAGCACUGGCUGGUGCGCAUCUACAGAGUGAAGAAGCAGGAGAACAGGCAAGCUCUGGACCACAAGCUCCGCAACGUUGCAGCCAAACAGAAGUACACCUCAAAAAAGACGGCCAAGAGGAAGCGUGGAUACGUUAAAAACAAACUAGUGCUGAAAAAGGGCAAGAAACUGAAUAAGAAGUCAGUUUAGGUGUCAAACGGAAAAGGUGAAAUGGCUAAUGAGGCAAAAAAAGACAAUGACAACUGCAACCAGUAAUCCACCAAUCAAAAAGAAGAGUAAACCAGUCGUCUGGCGUCCGACCACCUGAAAGUAUUUGAUUGGAGGCUUUGAUGCUGCGACUGCCACGACGACGCGGAGGCUGAGUGAUCUGACUGAGGGUUGGAAGAGAGAGCCUGGACAGGGAUCUCUGUUGGUUUUAAUCUGAAGAUUCUGGACUUUUUUUUGUCUUUUUGUUUUUGUUCUCUUUUUUUUGUUCUUUUUUUGUACUUGAAUGUGUUGGUAAGGCAGCAGUUCAGCUGUCCUGUCCUUCGAGUUGGAAACCCUGUUUUUGUGGUACAGUCUAACCUAAUUCACCACAACGGUAAUAUAAAAUGAAGUGAUGAAGCUGCGCAAACCUUGGAGCAGUAGCACCAAAGAGAUCCCUUUUUUGUGUUUUUUUUUUUUUUGUUUUGUUUUGUUUUAAUUUCUGUUUUUCAGAGCCUGUUCUAACUUGUUAGUUUUUGAUAAAAGAAAAUACAGAAAAUAAUAAAAGCUAUGGAGUAAGAGGGCUGUGGAAAGUGGUCUGCAGUACUGAGGGCCAAAAUCCCUCCUACCUGUUUCACAGACAGAAUGCAGUGAGGUCUUUGUGACUUUGAAUGUGUGAAUAUAUCUCAACACAGCAGGCAUUGCGAAGGUCUGAGUCAUUAGUAAUGUGUUUAAUUAUUAUUACUGUGGUGAUUUUUUUUUUGUAAAAUAUACAUUUUUUCUGUUCAUUUUUUUAUUGGUUAUAAGAAGCUUAUGCAAUAAUUCUAAAAAUGGAAGUUUUUUGUUAGUUUUUUUAUUUUUUAUAAUUUUUCCCCGUCCCAUCUCUUGUCCAGUGGUCCUGCUGCUUGGUUUCAGCAGUGCCCCAGGGAAAGUGAAUGCUGUAUAGAUAGACAGAUGUUGGAUAAAGGAUGUUCUUCCCCUCUUUGUCUGCUGUGUUGGGCCUUGUAGGAAUCUGUUCUCUCCCUCCCCCUAUUUUUUUUUCUAAUGACUGUCUCUCUUUGCCUGUCAGGAGCAAGUGAGACUUGUGUUAGUUGUAGGGUUUUAUAAAAUGCUGCAUUACUAGCCUGAAUGCACUUUGGCUUAGUUCACCUUCAAGUGGAUCCACUACUGAGUAGCAUGCGGGUGAAGAGUGCGUAUACUUAGUGACGAGUUUUCUGUUCUGUUUUCUUUUUUUUCUUCCUCCUGUUUAGAGUGACAAGUUUGCAUCUCUUUCACAUCAGGUUAAUUUCUCUCUUUGCUUCAGGUGGACGGUCAUAGUUUUUGUUUUCAUUUAUUUUGUUUUCCCUUUCCUCAGUGCACUGCUUUUGCUUCAUCUCUUUUUGUGUGAUUUGAGAGGGAGGUUCUAGUCAUUUUUGAGAAAGAUGCUGACUCAUCCUAACAGCCAUUUGCCUAACAUCUAUUUCAUACUUAAUGGACUCUAAUGGUAUUUAUUUAUAAGAACAAAAAGGAAGUAGAGAGAUAGAGAGGGCAGCAUCUUGUCAAGAAAUGAAGAAAACAUGUCUCUUGUUUAAAAUUGGGGUUUCUUCCAUGAAUUGUAAAAAAAAAAGAAAGUAAGAAAGAAAGGAUGCUAAUGUCAGAAUGAGCAAUGCCUUUGUGAUUAAAAGAGUAAAUGAAAGGUUCUGCCUUAUCUCUGCGGACCAUGUUUGCACUUUUUUUUGUCAUCUGUUUACCUUCUCUGCUUCAAUCCAACUCUGGCCAUUUAAAGAUACACAGAAGUUUCAUAAUAAAAGGAUAAAUGUGUUUUAAGUUA